UUGUGGGAUGGAAAUUGUUGAAGCAGGUUUUACCUUUAGAUUCAAGAGUUAAAAGUUGUGGAGUUAAUAUAGUGAGUAGAUGUUAUAUGUGCUUGAUGGAAGAGGAGUGUGCUGAUCAUAUUUUUGUGGACUGUGUUUUUGCAAAAUCAAUUUGGGUUAGAUUGGCUGCAAUGGCUGGUUUCCAGUUAGUGGAGAAGGAGAGGCCUUUAGUAAGAAUGAUGAGGCUUUGUAGACUGUUUAGAAGGCAGUCUGAUGGUUGUGCUUUGAUAAGAAGUUUUGCCUUCUUGAUUUUUUGGCAGAUUUGGAGAGAAAGAUGUCGAAGGAGAGCUGGUGAAUGUUUUAAAAAUUCAUAUUCCAUUUUUCUUAUUAUUUGUAGUCUUUUGAGAUUUAAAGUAUUUGCUAUUAAGCAGAAGGUAAGGGAUGGGGCCAAAGAAAGGGGUAUUUUGACAGCAUUGGGUAUAUCUUUGCCCUAUGUAAUGAAAGUUAGAGCUACUUGGAUGGCUUGGGAGUAUCCAUCAGCUGGGACUUUGAAGAUGAAUGUAGAUGGUGCAGCAAAAGGUAAUCCGGGACCAUCUGGGGGAGGAAUGGUGGUUAGAAAUGAAUGUGGUGGUGUGGUAUUGGCUGCCUCUUUCUUUUAUGGGGUAUGUUCGAACAUGGCAGCAGAAUUUAAGGCUAUGAUGGAUGGUUUAAGUAUGUUGGUAAGAGGUGGAUUGUCUGUUUAUCAUGUAUGGAUAGAAUCAGAUUCCUUGGUAGUGGUAAACACUAUUAAAGUACUGUAUCAGUGUUCUUGGCCUUAUUUGGGGAUUUUGGCACAGAUCAGAUAGCUAUUGGCUGUGUUGAAGGUCCAGUUGAAGCAUGUAUAUCGUGAGGCGAAUUCAGAGGCAGAUAACAAGGCAGUUAAGGAUGGAUAUUCCUUUGACUUUUCUAUGACUCAGGUGCCUGCUGAGGUAAUGAUGAAGAUUCGUCAAGAUCAAAGCAAUUUACCUGUUUUGUGUUCUAAGAGUUUGCUGAUUUUUUAUGAUGGUGGUUAAAGGAGGUGGGGAAAUGAAAUGAAGAAGGGUGUGGAUGCUAUGAAGAAUCUGGAUUGGGAGCUUAUUGGUCUUUGCCUGCUUUUGUUUUUUGGAGGUUUUGGUUGCUUUUGUCCUUUCGAGCUUAUUGCUUUUGUUUUGGAGAGGCGUUUGAGCCUUAUUUUGGGUUGUGCUGUUAAGGUGUCGGUGCCUUUAUUUGCUUCUUGUAAUGAUGUUUUGUUAAUAAACAAAAUUUUAUUUUCC